AACUCUGCAUUUCUUACCCAUUAACCAUCUUGUAUUUAUUGUUUAUCUAAAUGCAGAUAUUGCCUUUUCAAUGUUAGUCUCAUUGUUUUGUACUGUCAAAAAUCAAGGGUUGUAUGCUGCUUUAGAUUAGUUUCUAGAGGUGGGUUUUGAACUAUAUAUAUAUACAAAUCAAAGAAAUAGACAUGGGUAUAGAUGCAAGGGAUGUUCAGGUUUUUGUAUAUAGAGUUCUUGAGUUUUCCAUGAAGACCAGUUAUAGAUUUGUACAAAAGCAUCCAUAUGUUUUUGGUGUUUUCUCAUUCUUCUUCCUGCUAUAUAUAUUUUUUCCUCUCAUUUUCAUAAUUUUGGUCUGCUCUUCCCCAUUUCUUGUUUUUAUUGCUGUUCUUCUUAGAACCUAUUGGAGUUCCCAUCAAUCCCACAUUAGAAGUGUCAAUGGAGAUGAGAAAAGCAGCAAUGUAAUAUUACAGGAGAAGUCUGAGUCUGCUGAAGAUGAUGUUGUUGCCAAUAGAAAUGAUGGCUCCCACUUACAAAGUCAUACAAGUCGACGAAGAAAUGUGAAAGAGAAGAACAAAGAAUUGGAUAUUCAAACUGGUAAGGAGGAAGAAAAUGAGAACUCAACUGGUAAAAUUACCAUGGAGGAGAAAGAAUUUCAUUCUUCUGAACAUGGCGAGAGUUCCUUUGCUAACAUGUUAGCAGCUAAAGGUAUUCAAAAUGUUGAUGAUGAACACCAUGCAUUGUUAGAUUCUGAAUCACGGUCGGAGCACAUAUCAAGUGAUGGUGCAGAACAGACUCGUAAAUUUGAUAACAGUGGCAUUGAGUUGGAGGCUGAUAACAUGGAAGAAGCAGAAGAUGACGACGAAGAAGAGGCACAAGAGGAUGGGAAUAAGGCAUUGGAAUGGACAGAGGAUGAUCAGAAAAAUCUUAGGGAUUUGGGGCUAUCCGAGUUAGAAAGGAACAAAAGGCUGGAAAGUCUAAUUGCAAAACGAAGAGCAAGAAAGUUAUUUCGAAUGCAGGCUGAGAAAGGUUUGAUUGACUUGGACAGUAAUCCACAAGGUCAAAUUGCUCCAAUUGUUGCAAAAAGCAACCCUUUUGAUGUCCCAAACAUUUCAGAGGAAACUGAAGGCUUACAAAUGCCUAGUUCAGCCCCUUGUAUUUUGUUACCAACAGGAAACCCAUUUGACCUCCCCUAUGACCCACUUGAAGAAAAGCCUAAUCUAAUGGGAGGCAGUUUUCAGCAAGAAUUCAUGUCAGAUAAUCAAAAGGAAAUGCUAUUCUGCAGGCAUGAGAGCUUCCAAUUGGGACCUUCUUUUCCAUCAGAAUCCAUGCAAGAUCGAAAUGGUUCAAAAUUCAACCCUCCUUUUGUUUCAGAGAAAGGAACACAGAAUUUGGAGGGACCAAGAUACUCAAGAUUCCAAAUGCAGUCAAAGAAAGGAGAACCUAAUCAGCAAACUGAACGACUAUUUUCUAAAGAUGGUGAUGAAAGCAUUUUCCCUACCGAUUCCACUCCUGAUCUUGCUGAAACUGGAGCCCAAGCUCCCAGUCAGGUAAUAAACUCAGCGGAAAUUAAUCGUGAAGAGGAUAAAAUAACUAAAGAUAACAUGACUGACAUCAAAGGAGAAGAGGAAAUGGAGGGAUCUCAUGGUAUGGGGUCAAUGUAUACAAGUGAAGAGCACACUGACAUCAAAGGAGAAGAGGAAAUGGAGAGAUCUCAUGGUAUGGGGUCAAUGUAUGCAAGUGAAGUGCACAUGGAGCCAAAUUUAAGUGAAAGCAGUAAUGACGACUCAGACUCAUCAACUUCAUCUGAAGAAAAUGAACAGACCCUCAAUGAUUACAGAGCUGAAUUUUCAAAAAAUCCAAAACCAAGUCCUUCACCAAGUCUUUCACUAAAGUCCAUAAGGUGUUUACCACCUAAGCCUGAAAGUGAACCUUUAUUUGAUACUAGCCCAUCAGCAGAUGGCAAGCACAGAAGGGAGGGCAGUGCAUUUUUUCCAGAUAAGGCCUAUUGUCAUACUCCAACCCAUUCCAUAGCUUCUGAUUUGCAAGUGGAGUUCUCGGAUGGUUCCCCUCCACUGACAUUGGAUGGAACCAAUUCAGCCAUUGAUGCAGAAUCCGAGACAUAUGAUGAGGACAUGGAAAAGGAGGCCACUUUUGGCAGCGAAGGAAUGUGGGGAGCCUCGUCUGACAUAUCCGGACUACAGGAUUAUGAAUCAAAAUCUGGACAUGAAGACAGUCAGAAGGAUAUUAUAGAAGUAGGAGUUUUGGGAAUGAACAAGAAUUUUAACGAUGACAUUAUGUCAUCCAUACGUCCACAACGGGUGGAUGAUCAAGAGUUAACUGAUAUGAGUUCGUUGUCAUCUUCAGCAAUUGACAUAUCUGGAGAGAGUCAAGUUCAGUCAAUAAACAUCAAACAGAAGAUCCAUGAUGACAUCAAACAAGUAGUGGAAGAAGUUAAGGAACCCAAACCCAAGUCUUCUAAUUCUUCAGAUUCUCAAAUACAUGUGGAGAAGUCGAUGGCCCAUUCCCCUAAUGAGGUUUAUUCUGAAAAACCAAAGGAUUUAUCUUAUCCUCAGGAGAUGUCUACAAGGAACGAGAAGACUAUUGAUGAUGCUAAUUAUGGAGUAUCUCAGGCCACAACUGACAUGAAAGAAUUGAAGAUAAAUGAAGACAUAGAUGGUGGAUCGCAGCUAGUGAUCAAGCAAGAGACUGAAAAGCUUACUGAGAAUCAAGCCAUAUUGGACUCUGUAAAACCAACUGAGGGGAAUAAGGACUCAAAGAAUAUUGAAGAUGUUGGUGGAAGUCAAAUUAAGCUUACUGAAGAUGAGGGCAUCAUGGACAUCUCAAAGCCAACUGAGGCCAAUGACAACUUGGAUUCAAUUCAAGAGAAUAAAAAUGAACAAAGUAUCACAGAAAGUGGAACUUCUGGGUUAAACCAGAAUUCUGAUGACCCCAUUGCAUCAGCUGCACAACAAGAGUUGGUGGUUGAAGAGGUCCCUAUCAACUCAAGUUCAUCCUCAUCUCCAACUUCUGUAUUAGCAGGAAAAAUCCCAACUGAUCAAGCCUCCUCAUCAACUUCAGAUCAACAGUUACACAUAGUCAUCUUACAAUCUCAUUUGGAGGACAUUGCAAAUACUUAUUCAUGGGAUGAACAACCACCUCUGAAUAUAACUCCAGCUGCACAACCUAUGGUGGAGAAUUUCACUGCUCCCCCAUCUAAUAACAGUGGUUUCGAAAACUUGAUGGACCCAUCUAAUCGUCAAGAGAAGCCUGCUGAAGAAACCCACAGUUUUGACGACUUGAAUGUACCCAAGGUUAAUGAAAAGGAAGGAAAGGAAAAUUCAGAGUCUCAUCAAACCAUUAAAGGUGAAUCAGAAAUAUUGAUCAGUCAUGAAGGCAGUGCUUCCCUAUCAAAACCAGCAGAGGACAGCAGUAAUAUACUUAGAACAGUGGAACCAGGGAAGUUUACUGCAGAAGACAACACUAUCUUUAAUGUCAAUGAUCGAGAAGUUAGUGAGAAGAAAGACAAGGAGAAGUAUAAUUCUGUUGGAAAAAGUGAAGAUGAAUCACAUUCCUCAAUCAAACAGGAGAGUAUUGUGGACUCCCUAAAACCGGACAAGCCAACUAGUUCAAAAUUUAUAGAUGUUGAUGAGAAAUCUAGAAAGUUGAAUGAUGUUGAAUCUCUUCAUGGUACAUCAAAAUCACUUGAGGACAUUGAGAAUUCAAGAACCAAAGAAGAAACUGAAGAUUCAAGAAAACCAAAUGAACAUGAUCCCAUUUUUCGCCUACCAAAGUCUGCUGAUACUACAUUCACUCAGGAAACCAUAAAAGGAUAUGAAGUAGUUGGAGGUGAAUCUGAAAAUUUGACAGAUGAAGUAGUAGAUUUAUCAAAACCUGCUCUUGAAAAAGGAUACCCAAAACAUCCUGCCACUAUUGCAGAAGAGGUCCCAUCUAAUACUCCAGAGAAGUCUGCUGUAGAAACCCAAAGUUUUGACAACUUAAAUGUACCCAUGGUUAAUAACGAGGAUGGAAGGGAAAUUUCAAGGUCUUAUCGAGCCAUAAAAGGUGAAUCAGAAACAUUGAUCAGUCAUGAAGGCAGUGCUCACCUAUCAAAACCAGCAGAGGACAUUGAUAAUAUACUUGGAAUCAAGGAACCAAGGAAGUUUACUGCAAAAGACAACACCAUCUACAAUGUCAAUGAUCCAGAAGACAGAGAGAAGGAAGACAAGGAGAUGAGUAAGUUUGUUGCAAAAAGUGAAGGAGAAUCACACUUCUCAAUCAAACAGGAAAGUACUGUGUACUCCCAAAAACCGGUUGAGCCAACCAGUUCAAAAUUUAUUGAUGUUGAUGAGAAAUCCAGAAAAUUGAAUGAAUCUCUUCUUGGUCCAUCAAGUUCAACUGAGGACAUCAAGAAUUCAAGAACCAAAGAAGAAACUGAAAACUCUGGAAAACCAAAUGAGCAUGAUCCCAUUUUUCACCCACCAAAGUCUGCCGAUACUACGUACAAUCAGAAAGCCAUAAAAGAUGUUGGAGGUGAAUCUGAAAAUUUGACAGUAUAUGAAGCUGUAGAUUUUUCUAAACCUGCGGUUGAAAAAGGAUACCCAAGCUUCCCUACCACUAUUGCAGAAGAGGACCCAUCAAAUCCUCUAGAGAAGUCUGCUGAAGUAACCCACAGUUUUGACAACUUGAAUGUACCCAUGGUUCAUGACAAGGAAGGAAAGAAAAAUUCAAAGUCUCAUCAACCCAUUAAAGGAGAAACAGAAACAUUUAUCAGUCACAAAGGCAGUGGUUUCCUAUCAACCCCAGCAGAGGACAGCAGUAAUAUACUUGGAACCAAGGAACCAGGGAACUUUACUAAGAAAGACAACAACAUCUACAAUGUCAAUGAUCCAGAAGACAGUGAGAAGAAAGACAUAGAGAAGUCUGUUGGAAAAAGUGAAAGUGAAUCACAAUCCUCAAUCAAACAGGAGAGUACUGUGUACUCCCAAAAACUGGUCGAGCCAACUAGUUCAAAAUUUAUAGAUGUUGAUGAGAAAUCUAGAAAAUUGAAUGAAGCUCUUCUUGGUCCAUCAAAUUCAAUUGAGGACAUCAAGAAUUCAAGAACCAAAGAAGAAACUAAAAAUUCUGGAAAACCAAAUGAACCUGAUCCCAUUUUUCACCCACCAAAGUCUGCAGAUACUACAUACAAUCAGAAAGCCAUAAAACAUGUUGGAGGUGAAUCUGAAAAUUUGACAGUAUAUGAAGCUGUAGAUUUUUCUAAACCUGCGGUUGAAAAAGGAUACCCAAACCUCCCUGCCACUAUUGCAAAAGAGGAUUCAUUUAAUACUCUAGAGAAGUCUGCUGAAGAAACCCACAGUUUUGACAACAUGAAUGUACCCAUGGUUAAUGACAAGGAAAGAAAUGAAAAUUCAAAGUCUCAUCAAGCCAUUAAAGGAGAAUCAGAAAAAUUGAUCAGUCACAAAGGCAGUGGUUUCCUAUCAACACCAGCUGAGGACCGCAGUAAUAAACUUGGAACCAAGGAACCAGCGAAGUUUACUGCAGAAGACAACACUAUCUUUGAUGUCAAUGAUCCAGAAGUCUGUGAGAACGAAAACAAGGAGAAGUUUAAUUCUGUUGGCAAAAGUGAAGGUGAAUCACAAUCCUCAUUCAAACAGGAGAGUAUUGUGGACUCCCCAAAACCGGAUGAGCCAACUACUUCAAAAUUUAUAGAUGUUGAUAAGAAGUCCAGAAUAUUGAAUGAAGGUGAAGCUCUUCUUGGUCCAUCAAAAUCAUUUGAGGACAUCAAGAAUUCAAGAGCCAAAGAAGAAACUGAAGCUUCAGGAAAACCAAACGAACAUGAUCCCAUUUUUCACCCAUCAAAGUCUGCUGAUACCACAUGCAAUCAGGAAACCAUAAAACAUGUUGGAGGUGAAUUUGAAAAUUUGAAAGUACAUGAAGUAGUAAAUUUAUCAAAACCUGCUGUUGAGAAAGGAUACCCAAACGUCCCUACCACUAUUGCAGAAGAGGAACCAUCUAAUCCUCCAAAGAAGUCUGCUGUAGAAACCCACAAUUUUGACUACUUGCAUGUACCCAAAAUUAAUGACAAGGAAGGAAAGGAAAAUUCAAAGUCUCAUCAAGCCAUUAAAGGUGAAUCAGAAACAUGGAUCAGUUACGAUGGCCGUGCAUACCCAUCAAAACCAGCAGAGGACAGCACUAAAAUACUUGGAACCAUGGAGCCAGGGAAGUUUACUGCAGAAGACAACACUAUCAACAUUGUCAAUGAUCCAGAAGUCAGUGAAAAGGAAGACAAGGGGAAGAGUAAGUCCGUUGGAAAAAGUAAAGGUGAAUCACAAUCCUCAAUUAAACAAGAGAGUAAUGUGGACUUCCCAAAACCGGACGAGCAAACUAGUUCAAAAUUUAUAAAUGUUGAUGAAAAAUCCAGAAAACUGAAUGAAUUUGAAGCUAUUCUUGGUCCAUCAAAAUCAUUUGAGGAAAUUGAGAAAUCAAGAACCAAAGAAGAAACUGAAGAUUCAAGAAAACCAAAUGAACAUGAUCCCAUUUUUCACCCACCAAAGUCUGUUGAUACUACAUUCAAUCAGGAAACCAUAAAACAUGUUGGAGGUGAAUCUGAAAAUUUGACAGUAUAUGGAGCAGUAGAUUUGUCAAAGCGUGCUGUUGAAAAAGGAUACCCAAACGCCCCUACCAAUAUUGCAAAAGAGGAACCAUCUUAUCCACAUCCAUUGAAGUCUUACCCAGAAAGUUGAAUGAUCAUAUGAAGAUCAUAGAUGUUAGUGAUCAUUCAGAUGCUACACACUGGAGAGCAGACUCAAACUCAGCAACAGAAAGACCACUGCAACUGAACUAGUCUCACAGUUAGUUAGGCAGCUGAACCAAUCUCACUGUUAUUUAGCAAUAAGUUAAUUUCAUUAUCUUGUAACCAUCUGUUACAAACGUAACUAAAAGCAUGUACUUAUUUGUUUUUCAAUCACGUGAUGAAAUCUCAUUAGCUUGUGAAAGCCCUGAUCCAUAUAAAUACUGUCGUGUUACACAUCAGUUUCAUUUAGAGGAAGAAUUACAGAUUUCUCUUCCUCUGUUUCUUUC